AUGCUCGCUAACUUCGCUAGACGUGCCUUCGCCACCGCUAAGCCCUACAGAAUUCUGGGUAUUCAGCAGAUUGCUAUUGGUGGAACCAGCAAGACUGCCCUCCAGAACUUGUGGAUUGACAUCUUCGGUCUCGAGAAGAUCCACUCUUUCGAGUCCACCAAGGAGAACGUGAAGGAGGAUAUCCUGCGCUGCGGAAAGGGACCCAUGGCCGUGGAGGUCGACAUCAUGGAGCCUUAUGAUCCUGCCAAGAGCCCCAAGGUGAACGUUCCCCCACUGAACCACAUUGGUCUGUGGGUUGAUGAUCUGCCUGCCUGCGUGAAGUACCUCCAGGAGAAGGGCGUGCGUUUCACCCCUGGCGGUAUUCGUAAGGGUGCUGCUGGUUACGAUGUGACCUUCAUCCAUCCUAAGGGCAAGGAGCCCAACCCUCUGAGCGGAGAGGGAGUUCUGAUUGAGCUGGUCCAGGCUCCUCAGAACGUGAUUGACUACUAUGAGAAGCUGUAAAGGAAAAGGUUUAAUGCAAACAGAA